UGUCACAUUGUAAACUAGUACAGCGAAAUGUACGGAAUAAUUCUGCCUCUACAUUCUAACUAACAGGCACUGAAAAACACUGGAAGUUGAAUUUGCGCUGGCCUUUCAAGCGCAUGCGCAGAAUAGCUUUGUUAUGACGUAAUCUGAACCGUGGUCACCUGUACUGUUCGAGCUCUUUUCGCGGUGUUGUCCGCGUCUAGUCUCUGAGGGAGCCAUGGGAGUGACCGUGUCCACGAGUUUGGCCAAGAUAAAGGAGAACCCUCUACUGCUACGGUUCGUCGGCUCGGAAAAGGUGGCCGAGGGAGACGGCUUCUGGAAGGAGCUUCUCACUUUCACGGCCGCCCACCCCGCCAGCCAGCUCGAGGCCCGACUACUGGAUGAAGCAGUGUCUCCUCUGAUAGAGGCUUUACUGAGACGUAAUGGCAGAACAGGUCACCUGAGGUCACUAGUCAGGUUACUGCUGGAUAUGAUGACUUCUCUCGGAGAGCCGGCCUCCUAUGAGAGUCACCUGGCCACUCUCCACGUACACAAUGCUCUGCUGAUUGUGAGAGUGUGUCUGAAGCAACUCCUUCUCCAACACUCUGAGGAAGAGGUCAUAGUACAACUGGAUGGGGCUACCACCGUACCUCAGAUAUGGUCGGUGAAGACCAGUGGAAAGGGUGUCCAGUCGGUGGACUCGUCUCAAGGGGAGGACCCUCUGAUUAGCCUCGUUGCCGCUGCUGCUCCUGGUUCCGGUACCAUGCCGUGGAAUGAGGACAGAUCACCAACGACAGGUGAGAGGAGCACUGGGGAAGAAGAUGUAGCAGCAGCGAUGAAGACACACACCCAACCACUCCCACCCGGCAGCACUGCUCCGGCUUCACUGAACCCUGCUGAGGUCGUUGCCAUGGAUACACUGUUGUCACGACAACUGGUGGAAGGACUGAUAUCCCUUCUCAUAAACGUUCCAGUUUCGUAAGGCCAUACCACAAUAUAAUUAGCACUUCACAGAUUUUUAUGCACAUACAUGCACAUGUCUCUGUGAACCACAUUAAGAAGAAAUUGUGAGGAACUGUUUAACUCUUCAUACCUCACUUACACCUUAAGUUUGUCUAUCUCUUUCUCGCUCCUCUUAUUUUCCGCACACAAACACACACCCCGACUCCCCCAGACCCACGACCUACUCCGUCCAUGAGGAAGCAAUGUCUCUACUUCUCGUCUUCCUCUCCUCCCAGAUGUAUGGCUUCUCCUCCGGCUCCGGGAUUCUCCUACAACACAUUCUCUCCGUACCUACUGACCAAUGCAACAGUUUGGUCCAUCGUCUUGUCCUCCAUUUUUCCAGCCAGCCCUCUCCUCCCCCCUCCCACCUUCACUCUCCAUCCAGUGUCAUCUCCUCCAUUACCACUGGUAUUUGGUCGAUGAUGUCAUCAACAGCUGCAGCCACCCAGCCUCCCUCCCCACUGGCCGACGGGGCCGUGCUACUCCUAUUAGUGCUCACCCACCAGCAGAUGAGUGGCCACAAUCAGUACCGUCGGGCCCUGCUACAGUUCACCGACGAACACAGCGGCAGGAAGACCAGAGCCCCAUUCUCUCUCAACCUCCAGAAACUCUACCUCUCUCUCUGCAAUAACCUGUCGGAGCAGACGACUCUCCUCCUCUAUCUCCUGCUACAGGGAAAUCCCCACGUCGCAUCUUUCAUCUUCUCUCGGUCUGACAUUGACCUUCUCGUGGUUCCUCUCCUCCAUCAUCUCCAUGGCUCCAGUCAGCAGCCCUCCAGUGCCCAUCAUGUCUACAUGCUACUCAUUGUUCUCCUCAUCUUCUCUCAGGACGACUGCUUCAACAAGUCCAUACAUGAACUGCAUCUCCAGAAGGUGGAGUGGUACUCCGAGAGAUCACUGACCAACAUAUCAGUUGGUAGUCUGAUGGUAAUAGUCCUGGUCAGAACUAUCCAGGCCAACAUAUCCCACAUUCAGGACAAGUAUCUCCACACCAACUGUCUUGCUGCACUGGCUAACAUGUCUUCCCACUUCAACUCCCUUCAUCUCGAUGCCGCCCAGAAGAUUGUCACAUUGUUCAAGCAACUGGCUAAAAAGUACCACAGGAUGACACAGAAGACCACACCCACAACCACGCCCACUUCAGCCACACCCCUAUCCCCAGACUCUGAGGCUGUGUUCAGAGAGAGUGCAGAUUUUAGUACAGAGGUGGGGGUAGUGGAGGAGAUUCUGGUGAUGAUACUAGAGAUUGUCAACUCGUGUCUGUCCCAUCGUCUGGCAACCAACCCCCACCUGGUCUACUGCCUCCUCUACCAGAGAGAGGUGUUCUCUCCGCUACACACCUCCCCUCCCCUCAUGGACCUCGUCAGGAACAUCCUCAGUGUGGUGGAGUUUUUCUCAAAGAAGUUGGAAGAGAGUGGGCCAUCUCCCUAUUCCUCUCCAUUUGUCCUGGAGACCAUCAUCAGAUGCUCUGCCACCUGGCCUCACCACAGACUACGGGUAUUUCCAGAGCUAAAGUUCCGCUACGUGGAAGAAGCUCAGCCGGAGGAAUUCUUUGUGCCCUACGUGUGGACCCUAGUCCACAAGAACUCUCCUCUCUACUGGCAGCAGUUUCACGUCUCCUCCUCUCCCUCCUCCUCUUCCUCCACCACUCCUCACUGACACUUCUCAACUCCCAUCCCCGAUUAUCAUUCUCAUCUUUUGCAUCAAUAUUGUCAUUAACGAACGCGGAUAACGAUAAACAAUUAUAUUAUUAGGUGGGGGAGUGGUGAUGGGUGUAGAGCUGGUAAGGGGUAACGGUUGCACGCAU